CUGCUGUUCUUUCAGGCCCUGGGCUCCGGAACGACCCCUUACUCCCUGCUUCCUUCAGCUGUCCGCUGCGGUCCCCAAGAGCACCGCAGCCAUGGGCAUCCGAGGCAUGCUGCGAGCCGCUGCGCUCCUGCUGCUUAUUAGGACUUGGCUGGCAGAGAGUAACGACCCCAGUCCCACCCCGAAAUUCCACUUCGAGCUCUCCUCCAGCAUGCCUGAAGUCAUCCUGGAUCUCUUCAACUGCAAAAAUUGUGCAAAUGAAGCUGUGGUUCAAAAGAUUUUGGACAGGGUCCUGUCAACAUAUGAUUUCCGACUGAGACCAAAUUUUGGAGGAGCACCUGUGCCUGUGUCAAUAUCUAUCUAUGUCUCCAGUAUUGAACAGAUCUCAGAAAUAAAUAUGGACUAUACCAUCACAAUGUUUUUGCAUCAGACUUGGAAGGACACGCGCUUAGCUUACUAUGAGACCAACCUGAACCUGACUCUGGACUAUCGGAUGCAUGAGAAGCUCUGGGUCCCUGACUGCUACUUUGUGAAUAGCAAAGAUGCCUUUGUGCAUGAUGUAACUGCGGAGAAUCGUGUAUUUCAACUUCACCCAGAUGGGACAGUGCAAUAUGGCAUCCGACUUACCACAACAGCAGCCUGUUCCCUGGAUCUGCAAAAAUUCCCUAUGGACAAACAAUCCUGCAAGCUGGAGGUGGAGAGCUAUGGCUACACUGUCGAAGACAUUGUGUUAUCCUGGGAAGAUGAUAAUGCCAUCCACAUUACUGAUGAGCUGCACAUCCCUCAGUACACCUACCUGGGGAGGACAAUUACCAGCAAGGAGGUGUACUUCUACACAGGCUCCUACAUGCGCCUGAUAGUGAAGUUCCAGGUUCAGAGGGAAGUCCGCAGUUACCUUGUGCAGGUCUAUUGGCCCACAGUCCUCACCACCAUUCUCUCCUGGAUAUCAUUUUGGAUGAACUAUGGUUCCUCUGCAGCCAGGGUAACUAUUGGACUAACUUCAAUCCUUGUCCUGACUACCAUCGACUCACAUAUGCGGGAUAAACUCCCCCAUAUUUCCUGUAUCAAAGCCAUUGACAUCUACAUCCUUGUGUGCCUGUUCUUCGUUUUCCUGUCCCUGCUGGAGUAUGUCUACAUCAACUACCUUUUCUUCAGUCAAGCACCUCGGCGUAAUCACAGGAGAUGCAGGAAACCCAGGAGAGUUGUUGCCCGAUACCGCUACCAAGAAGUGGUGGUAGCAAAUGUGCAGGAUGGCCUGAUUAAUGUGGAAGACAGAGUGGAAGACAGAGCUGGUCCCCUUCCUGACAGCCCCAUGCAGGCUCAUCUGGCAAGCCAGGAAAGUCUAGGAUCUUUGAUGUUCACUUCAGAGGAGGCCCAACUGGCUACCUCAGAAAGCCUCAGCCUACUCUCGUCUGCCUCAAGCCAGGUCCAAUUGGCCACUGGAGAAAGCCUGAGUGAUCUGCCCUCCACCUCUGAGCAAACACUGCCUGACUGUACCAUUCACUUUCAUGGUUUUCUCACUAAUGACAGUAUUAUCCCCAUCAAAAUCCGCAGCCAUUCUGAUGCCCUGGGUGAUGAAGACUCCGAAGAAAGCCUAAGCUCUGAGGAGAGCUAUGGCCAUGGAGGCAGCCCCACUGGAAGGCUCAAGCUCCAGAUUAGCCAGAGGUGUGUGCGAGAAGCAAGUUGGGACAUUGAUAAAAUUGAGAGCUUACAGGAUGACAUCAGUAUCAAGAGCAGCUGGCUUGGCCUUGAUGAACAACGCAAAGGGGAUGCUGACAGUAUCUGGAGCCUUACUGAUGAGGAGCUCAUGGCCUGUGACCAAGAGAAGGACAGUAGCAGUAGCUCAGAGUCUGAGGAGAGUUGCUCCCCAAGCCCUGGGUGCUCCUUCAAUGAAGGGUUGUCUUUUCAGCUCUUUAACCCUAACCGGGUCCCUAAGGUUGACAGGUGGUCCCGUUUCCUCUUCCCUCUUUCCUUUGGGUUGUUCAAUGUGGUUUACUGGUUAUACCACAUCUAUUAGUUUCUCAUACACCACAGCAGCAGGGAUAUGAUGAUGUGUUUCCUUUGUGUUCAUUCAGUUUUAUUUUUCCCUCUUCCCCUUUUUCAUUUUAUCUGGCAAAGUUUCUUUUUUGGUUUGGGGAUGGGGUUGUUUUGUUUGGAAGGGUCAAUCAAAUCCAUUGGGCACUUUUCUUUAUUAUGAGGUGGGGAGGAGAUAGAGAAAACAUGUAACCAGAGAAGAAAGAGUGAGGAAGACUUGGAGAUAAAUUGCACAUUGAUUUCCUCCUACCAGGAAAUUCUCACCUUUCACUUUAA